AUGAAAGGUUUUGUUAUCGCUCUAGUUUUAGUAGUCGCUUGCACUGCCAAUAGUAAGUCAAAAUAUUGAAGUAUUCAUAUUGUAGUAUCGGCCUUACUUUCAAGUAAAAAAACAUGUUUUGAUUAACAAGCUGUGAUAUGUCAUUUUUAAAUUGAUUAUAACCAAAUGACAUUGCCAUUGAUAAUUUUGAACUAUAGGAGUAGAAGACGAAGAAGAUCGAUGUAUCCCGGAGAGAUGUCUGAAUGGAGGCAAAUGCGUAGAAGAAGAUAGCACCGUACACUGUGAAUGUCGCUUCGGAUUCAAAGGAGUCUUCUGCGAAACCAGAAGUCUGCCAGUGUUCAACUUCUUCCAACACGACCCAGAAUACAUGUACGAUCACCCCAAGAACCCGUGGUCUCCAAGGUAAUCUAAAGCAGCAGCUAAAUGAUAAUACACCCACAAUCACUAAUUUUAACCUUUUUAAACCUCCAAAUUUAUUAUUGUCAUCACAUUCAAGUAACUACUUUUCAGAUUAGAAGACGAAGCUAUUAAGCCUAUCCUAGCCAGCAGCACCAAAACAAUCGCCGACGUUCUAGAACGUUUCUACAACAAUGUACAAGAGAUGUAUAACCGCGUCAAGUUCGCAGAGAAAUAUCAGCAAGCGGACAUGUUCUUUAAUUGA